AAACAAUUUUCAAUGGCAAAACAACAAUUGUUAAACAUAAGAUAAACUGCUAGCUUUUAUUUACUAUUGCAACGACAUUAAACUACCUGCUUUUGUACAGCACGGAUUGCGGCUGCUUAGAUUAAAAUUUAACCCGAAUUUGAUUGAAUGAAUCAAUUAUUAAAAAUACGCAAGAUGUCAACUGCAAGUGUUCCAUUAUCCGCUCUGCGCAUGAAAUAUAUGGAAAAGAAAGAAGCAUUUCUGGAGGAGAACAUACGGGUAAAGGAACCCAUCAACUUGUUCAAUGAAUGGAUGAGCCAGGCAAUGCAAACGGAAGGUAUUUUAGAACCAAAUGCGGCUUCAUUGGCAACAGUGAAUAGUAAAGGCUGUCCCUCCAAUCGUUUUGUUCUACUAAAAGAUGUUACCGCUGAUGGUUUCACUUUUUUCACCAACUAUGGCAGCCGCAAAGCCAGCGACAUUGAAAACAAUAACAAUGUAGCCAUGACUCUUUAUUGGUGCCCCUUGCGUCGUUCAGUGCGUAUUGAGGGAACUGCCGAGAAAAUUCCAAAGGAAGAUUCCUUAAAGUAUUUUCAUGAAAGGCCAAGAGCCAGUCAAAUUGGCGCUUUGGCUUCGGAGCAAAGUUCCAGAAUACCUUCACGUCAGCAUUUGGAUCAAAUCGAAAAGAAAAUCAAACAAGAUCUGGGAGAUGAUAAGGAGGUACCUCUGCCCAACUGGGGCGGUUACUUGAUACGGCCUCGGUUAAUUGAAUUCUGGCAAGGACAGACAGAUCGUUUACAUGAUCGCAUUGUAUUUAGAAAACAUGCAGGUGUGGAGAAGGAAGUUGACAAUGUUCUCAUACAUCCUGCUGAAAAUGGAUGGGUUUAUGAGCGCUUGGCUCCGUAAUCGGUAAACAUAAAUAAAGCAGUGAAGGCUAUAACCAAGACUAUUGGCAUUGGUUUGUAUAUACACAAGUAGAA